UAACGGCUAAACAUAUUCACAGAGUUGCAAAAUAAAUUGCGUGGAUCAAUAAACUGAGUCAAUUCAUUUUCUUCCUCAGGUGUUGGCAACUUCGCUGAAAAAUAAUUACAAAAUAUACAUUAUACCCGUGGAGAAAAAUGCCUAUUGCCGUAAACUUAAACUUAAGGAAAUUCGUUUUGCUCUGUGUUUUAAGCCGUGAACACGAAAAAAGAAAAAUAAAUAAAUAAAACUGACCGAAAAUGGGUAACCUUUUUUUACCAAGAGGAAUUGAAGACUUGACAUGAGGUUGGGCUGGCGAAAGUACAUUUAAAGUUGCCGUGAUAGAUAAGUGUCUCGUUUUAAAAGGAAAGAAAAACACCUGUCGUCCAAAAUAAACAUUUGAUCGUUUUAUGCACAGUUUAGCGCUGAUUACACAAGAUGCGACCUUCUCUAUUAAUACGUCAUGUUUUCGCUUUUACACAGUGGGCGAGUUAUUCGGUGUAACUAACCUAACCAAUGAGCGACGGAGAUUCCUUAUCAGCAGUAAACGGACGAGUAUCUCAAAGAUCUAAGGACUGAUCGUGGUUAAUCAAAGCUUUAGAAACGGUGAGAAAAUGUACGAUACGUGUUGCCCGCCUAGCAGAAUUCAGCUUCACGCACUAAACAAACGACAAUGAACGGAAGCUUGCGAGUGCCUAAACGCACGCCAGACCGCUGCAGACGAUUCCAAGGCAUUCCACGCGACAAUCUGCAGUUACACCAGAGUCCCGGUCGUAUUCGGCGAAGACGAGUUCGUAUCAACGUAAGAGGCUUUCAAUUUGAAACGUUUCAAGCGACGUUGGAGCAAUUUCCAGAGACAAUGCUUGGAUGCCCAGCAAGACGAACAGAGUUCUAUGAUCCCGUGAGUGACCAGUAUUGCUUGGAUCGCGAUCCUGCCGCAUUCGACUUCAUCUUGUUUUUUUAUCAGUCAAAUGGCAUCCUUGCUCGACCUGAGACCAUUUCAAAGAACGCCUUCAGUGAGGAGCUCAAAUUCUUUGGAAUAACAGAACAAGACGAGGCGGAUGGUGGAAAAAGUGCUAAGGAUGUCCCCGAGACAUCCACAUCCAGUGAGAAUCAUGAGCUCUUAGCUGUGGAAAUCGCGCCGCCCGAAGAUGACCCACACUGCAACCAUCGUGCAAAAAAUCUGCGUACUAAAUGUUGGCUGAUGAUGGAAUACCCUCGAUCGAGCUUAGCGGGUAAGAUCUGGGGAAGAAUCUCCAUUACUAUUAUCCUAUUGUCGGUUUUUGCCUUUUGUUUGGAGACAAUGCCGGAGUUGAACUGUCCUAAAGAUAUAAUAAACACAACCAGCCUAGUGAAAAAUCAGUCAACACUCCAUAAAUCACCGGAACCAAUUAACAACGGGAGCUAUCAAAUGACAACAGGAACGUUCGUGACUAAUUUACAACAAUGUUCCUCAGCACGAACAUGGUUUGUGGUAGAAACGACUAUAGUUAUAUUUUUUCUGAUGGAAUAUCUGAUACGACUUUUCACCGCGCCGAGCAAAUGCAGUUUUGUUUUUUCGUUAUUCGGAAUAGUCGACAUGGCCGCUAUCGCUCCGUAUUUUAUAACCCUAGCAGUGCACGGUUGGCGAACAGAGAUGAAUCUCCAAGUGACCUCGUUCAGCGUUCUUCGUAUAGUCCGUCUCUGCAGAGUCCUUCGUGUUUUUAAGCUCAGUCGCUAUAGCGACGGGCUAAAAAUCGUUGGAAAAACCUUUUCGGACACGUGGAGAACGCUGUCUUCUUUGAUGAUGUGUGUCUUAAUGGCAGUAGUUCUGUUUUCCAGCUUUUUGUAUUACUUUGAAGAAAGCAACGAAGCUAUCGGGAGUAUUGUAGAAAACUUUUACUGGGCUCUCGUCACCAUGACAACGGUUGGCUAUGGUGACAUAGUUCCCAGGACUCUGCUGGGCAAACUGACAGCAAGCGCUUGCAUGGUGUUUGGUAUAGUGCUGUUGUUGAUUUUACCUUUACCUGUGUUUGUCACACAUUUCUGCAGCCUUUAUGAAGAAAAAGCUGAUAAGAAAAGACAAAAUCAGCAAAGAGGGGCUUACGAAACUCCGACACUGCUUGAGAAGUUAAUGACAAAACGUUAGCUUUGAACAUAAAUCUAGAGAAAGGAAAUGGAACAGAAGAACUUUAUACAGUUUAAUAAAACGUCUGACAAGGUGAAUAACAAAUGCCUCCGUUCGAAAAUGCAAACUUGUAAGUCCUCUCCACACCUCCAGUGAAUAUCCAGACCACCAUCGGAUCUCACCGUGCGGCUUAACGCUUUCAUCUGACAAUGUUGCCUGGAAUGGUUUUCUUUCGAGUUGCCUGGAAUGUUCGUCUUUCUGAAAUACAGCAUAACUAGCAUAAAACCAACAGCACACUUGCACGAUGUUGUUGUUUGGCUACAGCUAAAUUUUCUUUUCUCAUUAUUUAAAUUUUGAAACCACAAUUGGGUAAAACAAAUGGCUCAAUAACCAGAAGAAAGAUAAUAAAAACAAACAAACAACAAAAACUGAAACACUCAGCCUGUUUCGUGGAAUAAAAACCACAUUACGUCAUCAUGCAAACCGCCUAUUACGUCAUCAUAAAUUUAUUCGCUCUUAGGUAGGAUAUUCAAUAAGGAAUACAGUCCUAAUAUCUUGUUUUCUUGGCACAACGUUGUCUGUCAAGGGGAGAGAAGUCUGGGGGAAAUGGAGAGGGGAGAAUUUACUCACACUUUUUACCACUGGGGCUGUGUUUGGGAACAAUUCCUCUAUCCUUUUCGCCUCUUUUGGAAGACCACUUUGUGCGUAGUUACGACUGCACUUAGUUGUACUUAAACUGACCAAGGUAGAAAUCAGGAAGGCCAUCAAAUAGCUGAAGAAUGGCAAGGCAGCAGGCAUAGAUGAGAUUCCAGCGGCAGCACUUAAAGUAGACCCAGAGAUGCUAGCUGAGAUGUUUUAUGGAUUGUUUGAGAAAAUCUGAGAAGGGGAAGAGAUCCCUUCAGAAUGGAAGGUCUCCUGAUCAAGAUCCCCAAGAAAGGAGACCUUGGCCUAUGUUCAAAUCACACUCCUGUCCGUACCCGGGAAAGCACUGAACUUAGUCAUCUUGGAAAGGUUGAGAGGACCAAUAGAUCUAAGCCUGCGAGACCAGCAAGCUGGGUCCAGGCCAGGCAGGUCACGUACCUACCAGAUCACAAAGCUACGAAAUAUAGUGGAACAGUCAAUUGAAUGGAACUCCCCCUCUGUCAAUUUGUCGACUAUGAGAAAUUCUCGACAGCCUAGAUAUGGAGACAUUACGGAAGUUGCUUUGACAUUAUGGGGUACCUAUGAAGUUCCUAAACGUGAUUCUGAACUGUUAUGAGGGAUUGUAUUGCAGAGUGGUUCAUGAAGGACAGUUGACGGAGAAGUUUGAUUUAGGGACAAGGGUGAGGCAGAGAUGCCUGCUGUCACCCUUCUUGUUCCUCUUGCGGCUAUAGACUGGAUCACGAAAUCUGUCACAAACCAGAAAAGAAAUGAGAUCCAGUGGACCUUGUGGUCCCCGUUGGACGACGUGGACUUUCAAACGAUCUAGCGCUUCUGUCACACAAACAUCGGCAGGUGAAGGAAAACAACAUCUGACCUACAUCAUACCUCAGUGCAGUAGGACUGAAACUCAAUAAACAAAAGACAAAGAUCCAAAAAAUCAAUGCAGGCACUGAUUAGCCAGUCACAUUUGAAGGUGCCAACUCAUGGAGAUCGAAAGCGAAUAAUUUAAUUGUUAAAUAGAAUUACGGCUUUUAUCUUCCACUCUAGAGUAGGAUGUUUUCUAAGUAUCAUUAGUAGAAUUCUACUA